GCGAAUCAGUGAGCAGUGUAAAGCUCCGCCCAUAUACACUCCACCAAUCAGCGAGCUGUGCAUCGAGCAAUCUGUUCCUGAAUGAAACUUCAGAGCGUCGUGCCAUGUGGAGAAAAAAAUCGUAAACAGGUUGUGACACUGUAAAAUCAAACGUCUUUGUGACAAUUGUAAAAGAGCUUCAGUUGAUCAUGAGUCUUUUACCUCGCACUUCUGAGGAGUUCAGCUCUGCGGAGUACUGGGAGAGUUUUUUUAAGAAGCGCGGAGAAAAGGCCUUUGAGUGGUACGGAGACUACAACAAACUCUGCGGCGUCCUGCACAAAUACAUCAAAGUGCAAGAUAAGGUGUUGGUGGUCGGUUGUGGUAACUCUGAACUCAGUGAACAGCUGUAUGAUGUUGGCUACAAACAUCUGACCAAUAUUGACAUCAGUGAGACAGUGGUGACUCACAUGAACCAGAGAAAUGCUGAGUGCCGGCCGGGACUGACCUUCCAGCAGGUGGAUGCUACACAAACCCCAUAUGAGGAUGCCUCAUAUGGGGCUGCUCUGGACAAAGGAACACUGGAUGCCAUGGCCUCUGAAGAGGAAGGAGCUCUGGCUAAGAACAUGCUCACUGAGGUGGGUCGUGUGCUGAGUGUUGGGGGCAGGUAUGUCUGUGUGACUUUGGCUCAAGAAAGUGUGAUUAAGUUAGCUGUGGAGCACUUUGUGCAGCUGGGGUGGGCUGUGAGGCUUCAUUGCCUGCAGGAGGAAAGUGGAAAAGAGGAAGAUUCAUUUGCUCUGCCCGUCUUUGUUCUGGUCUGCACCAAGUUUCGUCAGCCGAUGCCCAAACCUAUUCUUGAGAUGUGUCUCGGGGAGGAUGGAGCCCCAACACGUCUUGUACAGGUUUCAGAGUUGUUGUCAGCUGUGCGGGAGCAUCAGGCUUAUUCUGCAUUGAGAAAGAGGCUCCGCACAGGCACAGACGCCAGCUCUAACCUGUCACUUACACUCUGCCACACCAAGACCGGCCUUCCCAGAUACACUCUUACUGUGCAAGAUUCUUCCCCAAGAACCAAGGUGCCAGGAUCAAAGCACUUUGCUAUAUUUAUUGUGCCUCAAGGCAGUGAAACGGCUUGGAUCUACAGUUCUGGUGAAGGGCGAAAACAGCUGGCAGCCAGUGCGAACUUUCGACGGCUGGUUAUUGUGGCGAUGCACAGGAAUCAGGAGUACACAGACAUGCUGGCUGUCCAGUCAGAACUCUCACCAAUGGUGAUGGACCUGGCUCCUCCUGGUAUGCCAGCCAACCAGCAGGUGCCAUUUCUGUCAGUGGGAGGUGAUCUGGGCUGGAGGGAGGAAGUGAGCCAAGGUGUGAGCCAGAUGAGUGGACAGUACUGUGUGGAGAACGUCAAAGGAGAAGAUGGAGAACUGUAUCGUAGACUUGUCUUUCUAUCAAAUGCUGCCCUUGUCCAGUCAGAGAGCCGUCUUGUGUCCUCAAAUACCACCACAAGCCAAAAGAAGAAGAAGAACAAAAGGAAAUCCAAGUCAGCAGCUGCCCCAGCAAUAUCCUCAACCUCUCUGUCAGUAGACAGUGGCUUCCUCUGCUGUGCUCAUCAUGAAAUUAUGGUGGCUGGCCUUGCCUUACUUGGGGUGGGCAUGCCAGAGAGCAAAGACAUUCCAUUGUCAGUGCUCCUGGUGGGACUUGGUGGAGGAGGUUUGCCUCAGUUUCUGCGGGACUUUGUCCCUAAUGUUUCUGUUGAGGUUGUGGAACUAGAUCCUGUUGUGCUGGAAGUGGCAAAGGAAUGGUUUGGAUUCAGACCGGAUGAUCGUUUGACUGUCACUCUUGGGGAUGGCCUUGACCGCAUCUGUGCCCUGGAGAAGGAAGGAGCUGGUUUGUUUGAUGUCAUCAUGUUUGACGUAGACAAUAAAGACAGCACUGUGGGGAUGAGUUGUCCUCCUGCUGCCUUUGUGGAGGCCUCCAUCUUACAGAAAGUCAGCAGCUUGUUAACCCCCCGAGGCAUAUUCAUUCUGAAUCUUGUGUGCCGUGACUCGGUCUUGAGGAAAAGUGUGCUGCAGCGUGUAAGUGACGUGUUUCCCACUAUACUCUCUCGGAAGAUUGAAGGGGAGGUCAACGAAGUCCUGCUGUGCAUCGGUGCCGAUAAAGAAACGUCAACCUCCGCUCACAUCCUUCAGUCCCUGAACCAAGCAGCCAAGAAUCUGCAGAGCACACUCUGCUCAAACAGGACUGGGACCAGCCGCUGUCCACAUAUAGACAUUGUGGAUUUGUUAAAGGACUUGAAAGUGGAGUAGAAAUUUCAGUGGGGUGUAGUCGUGUGACUAUGACUUUGCUGUCCAGUGCAUGUGUACAAUUACAAGUAAAAUACAUUUUAUCAACUUUUUGCAUUGUGUUAAAAGCCAAGGAAAAGUGUGUUUUAAGAAUACAUUUAUAUACAGACAGUGAAGAGACCUGUCUGAUGUGGAGAAGUUAUUUGUUCAAUUUGUAACAUUGUCAUACUUUAUCUUAAGUUUUCUUUAACAUGUAAUUUCCAGUCAGGUCCUCACACUGUUAAAGAGAGGAUUUAAAAUAAGUGUGAAGUGGUUUUUGCCAUAGCUGAAAACAGGAGACUGAGAGAGGGUGUCUUGAUGGCCGUGGUUCUUGUGAAUGGAAGCCAAACUGGCCUGAGCAGAACUUUGACUUUUUCUGACCUUAGACAAAUGUUAUGCUACUAAAAAAUAAUACAGAUCACUCUUGAAUUAUAGGGUUGUUUGGGUACAGUUUAAAUGCAAGUGAGACAAUUUAGUGUGUGAUUAAUUUCAACAUGCACUUUCAACAUGCAGUUGCAUAGUAAAACACAGGUAGGUGAAACAUAUUCAUAGCCUCAGGGUUUUAUUUACCCACCUCUCUAUUUAAUCAUAAUACAGUGACUUUACUUAUACAUGUUCCAUAAUGCUGUAUACUAUUACAUCAAAGGGUUAUAGUGGGUGUGCAGGCAGACAGGUGCUCCAGCACUCUGUGCUGCAGGAAAGCAGACAGUCAGAAGAUGAUUAUUACUGUCUUACUUCACCACAGGGUUUCUCAACAUGCAGCCAGUUUAAAGCGACAGCAUUUCAAUUCAUUGUGGUGAUGAAAUGUCAUUCAAAGUUGCCACCAGAUGGCAGUAGGAUAUUUCACUUUGGCCAGGCCAGAGAGGUGUGAAGGAAAAAUGCUAGAAUUGCCAAAUAAUGUCCUAUUGUCCUAUUACCUGGGUUCUUUUGACUUGACCCAACAAAUACAGUUCUUCUGCUUAUUGUGUUUCUCCAAUGUAAAAGGAAGAAGUAAAGUGAUUUAAGCAUUUAGCAGACCGUUUUAUCCAAAGCAACUUACAAAAGAGGAACAAGCUACAUAGUCUGGGAAAGAACUCUACUAUAUAGGAACAGUGGACUGUUAGAGGGUGAACAUGCUGAGGUGAAUCAAAAGAUGUGUGGACUCCCCAUCAACCUACAUAUUCAUUCACUACAUGAUCUGUUUGUGUGUGUUCCAUUCACAUGUAGUCUCUGACCUCUUUAUGACCCAUGUGUUUGUUCUCAUCUGCAUGCACAUGUGUGGUUGCAGUGCUAAUCACUGGACCUGCCUGGAAUCACCACAGUACCUGUAGGAGACAAGCCAGCAGACCUGGAGGACCUUAACGUGACCUGAUGCUGUUUAGUUAGUCUAUGAACAGUGAAAUGGAGCAUUUGUCAACUUCAGACAACCAGCUGGAACUUCAGGUGGAAACUAGUCAUGAACUGGUUGACUCCUAUACGAGCAUCAUCUAUGAGGUCAAAGAGCAUUGUACACCAUAUGACCAACAGUGUGAAGGAGUUCAUUAGCUCUGAGCUCCUGGCCCAGCUCUAUGCUCUGGGAGAAGGCUCAGCGCUGAUGUAUGAGUCACCAGAGCAGCAGCAGCAGAAGCGCCAGGAGUAAGUGCUUCACAAACGGAGAAAUCACUGGAGAACCCUCCACCUUAACCUGCCCCCAAUCUUCUGCCUCCACCUGCACUCUGGAGGACACAGCCCCCCCAGGACUCCCUGUCAUAGAAACCACUUACUGCAUCCUACAGUGAUUGCAUGUGUGUCUGAGGAGGAGGACGUCUGCACAGAUAGCAACACCCUGACUGGCCUUUGUGCUCCAAGUCGUCUGAUGUUAUGAUCAUGGCACCACAGGAGCAGUCAAACCCAACAGCAAAGCAUGCAGACACAUUUUCAUCUGAGCCAGAAAGAGGAGAGGUGAAGGUGUGACACCUAGCGUCCAUUUCCACUGCUGCUAGGUUUAAUUAACUCCCUGCUCUUGGGUGUGGACUGAGUUAACUCAGUGUAAUGCAUGUGUAUAAAAAAUGUUCUUAGUCACAUGUGAUUUUGCAUUGUGGGCCAAUACAUGAACUUUUCUUAGAACAAUUUGGAGAAGCACAACACUAAAUUUUGGAAAUUUCUCAUCAUUCAUCAAAUUCAAAAUGAAAAGCA